UUCAGUGCAGAGGAGCAGCUGGAGACUCAGGAUGGAGAAGGUGAUCAGCUGCUUCAGGAGGAGGCCAGAAGCUGUGACCCGCCUCAUCUGCUUCCCCUGGGCAGGGGGGGGCUCCAUCCACUAUGCUCGCUGGGGAAACGUGCUGAACAGCUCUGUGGAAGCCUCAUUCCUCAGCUGGCGCCAGAUUAACACUGACGCUGUUUUUAUUUUCCAGUCUGAGAUUCGCGCUAAAGCUCCAAAAAGAAGCGAGUUGUCGGACGAGCAGUUCCUGCGGUGGUUAACGUCUAUCGGAGGAACUCCUCCAGAGCUCCUGGCGAACCCUGAGGUCCUGAAGCUCUUCCUGCCGGCCCUGAAGGCCGACCUGCACGUGGUGGAGAACUACAGAUGGACCAAACCAGACGCUCCGUUCCUGGCCUGUCCCGUUACCUGCUUCGAUGGGAAGGAGGACGUUCCUCACGACUUACAGGCUUGGAGGAGCAUCACGUCUGGAGAUUUCACCAUCAGGAUGUUUGACGGCUCUCAUUUCUACCUGAAGGAUGCUGGGAAUGAAAAGAUCCUGUUAGACCACAUCACCAAGGCCUUGGAGACGGCAGAGAUGGAUUAUUUAUGAUUAAAGGGACUCUGUUAAGUAUUUUUUGGGGGGAAAUGUUUAUUCAAAGAUGUGGUGUGAGUUCAUAUGAUGUUUCCUUUUAUCUGGUGUUUCACUCAACGAGCCUCUGAAGUCAACCAGGAGAUAAUCCAGCUCUGUGGGAUUUAAUCCAGCCUAACUGAGCCGUUCUGACCGCAGAGGUUCUUUAGCGUCAUGAAGGCCGGCCAGGGAGGAGGUUCUGGUUCGGUUUGAAGCAGGGCUCGGUUCUGAAACGCUCCCUCUGAUUCAUCUGAACCAACUGCAUGGGCGUCCUGCUAGAUGCCACGGUGGUGGCGCCAUCAUGCUGUGGGGAGGCUUCUGGUGCCUCUGGAGGUAUUUACCGUUUGUAAAGCAGUCAAUAAUUAGUAGCAAUAUUUAUGGGUUUUUUUGCGUAUUUUAGGAGAAAAACAAUAUUUUUUUACUGUGUCAUUCAUUAAUUUAUAAAAAAUCUUACAUUUUUAAAUAGAUAUUUAACCUUAAAAUUAAUAUAGAUAAUAGAUAUUCCCAGGUUUUUAGUUUGGUAGUUUACUUCUGCUUUUCAGCAUGGAAAUUUACAUAUUAAGUUUAAGUAAAUAUUUUAUUU